AUGCGCCGGUCGAAGAAGCUCAAUGAGUCCAAGUCCGCCUCGAUCCUGCACCUGCGCUCGCAGACGCCGGCCAAGGACCUGCGCGGGAGCAAGAGCGCCACCAUGCUCAACCGCGGCCCCGGCCGCAAGCACCGCACGGGGUCGCAGACGGCCGUGGCCCCGCCGUCCCUGCUCAUGGCGCGGCGCGGCACGAAGACGGAGGAGCGGCCGCCGAGCUUUUGGAACGUCGCGCCGGAUCUGAUGAUGAGCGACCUCGAGUUCGACCUGCGGCAGAAGCAGUCCUUCGACUUCGAGGCGAAGCGGCGGCGCCAGGCCGCCGAGGGGCCGACGCGGGCGCAGAAGAACCGGUCCAUGCUCCAGCGGCGCGCGUCCAUCCUGGGCUACAACGAGCUCAACCGGACGCUGCGGUUCCCGUCGAAGCACCGCGACCAGAUGGAGACGGACACGGAGUCCGAGAGCGACGACGACCGGCCCCACCUCCACCGGGGCUCCGUCGACAGCCACCACCCGUCGACGGCGGCGGAGUCGACGGCCGCGACGCUCCGGAGCGCGCGGCUCUCCGUCGCCGGCGACGAACAGGCGGCGCUCUUCCCCAACGGGCUGCGGCGGGGCGACUACGUCGGCAAGCAGGCGAAGCCGCGCUACUUCGACGUCUACCGGCGGAUCCUGCGCAAGGGCAAGACCGUGCCGCUGCACCUGCCGCUCGACGACGUCGUCAGGGACACGCUCGCGGCCGCGCCGAGCCGCGACGUCUCCGACGACGACGGCGAGCUCCUCGUCGACGACGACGACGUCACGGAGGCGCCGGGCGCCGUCGUGACGGGCAAGGCCGACGCCGAGAUCUUCGAGGCCUGGGACUCGCCGCGCCACGUCUUCGCGCGGUGCUGCGCGGAGCUCGCGCCGCUCGGCUGCCUGCCGGAGCCCCUCUUCAUCCGCUCGGGCGCCGAGGGCGACGCGGAGAAGAUCGACCUGAGCCACCGGGCGCUGGGCGACGGCCUGGCCUGCGCCUUCGCGAAGAUCAUCCCGAACAUCCCGCGCCUCAUCACGCUGAACAUGCGCGACAACCGCAUGACGGACGUGGGCAUCGCGGCCGUGCUCCACGCGGUCUGCACGCACAACGGCGGCGGCUGCCCGCGGCUGACGAAUUUAAAUUUGUCGCAGAACGACAUCGACCUCGAGGCCGUCGAGUCCAUCGCGGAGUUCGUGUCGUUCUCGGGCUGCGCGCUCAAGAAACUCACGCUCGAGACCGCGGACCUCGACGACACGGAGUGCGGCGUGCUCAUGAAGGCCAUGACCGUCAACACGCACCUCACCGAAAUGUCCGUGCGCGGGAACAUCCUCGGCGGCUACGGGGAGAAGCUCCUGCGGCCCGUCGUCAUCGAGGCCGGCGACGCCGCGAAGGCGCCGCCGCUGGCGGAGAAGGCGCCCUGGAACGCGUCGACGAAGCCCGGCGGCCUGCUGGAGAAGUCGCCGUCGCGCCGGUCGAGCUUCUCGUCGUCCGCGGGGCCCCGCUGGCACUACGCGGGCGGCGUCGCCGUCGCGGUCGAGAACGCGCACCUCACGAAGCUGGACCUGUCCUGGAACGCGCUGGGCACGUCGUCGGGCAUCGCCAUCGGCGUCGGCCUCGGCGUGAACCGCGCGCUGCGCUGGCUGAACCUGGCCUACAACUCCAUCGGCGACAAGGGCGCGGCGGCGAUCGGCCGCGCGCUCGACAGCAACGGGCGGCUGCGGACGCUGAACCUCGCGCACACGGGCGUCGGGCCCGUGGCGGCCAUGGUCAUCGCCGAGGGCAUGCGCGAGAAUUACGCGUUGGACGUGCUCAACGUGAGCGGCAACCCCGUGGGCUUCCUCGGCGGCCGCGCGCUCAUGCGCGUGCUCAACACGUCGCGGCGGCCGCGGACGCUGCUCAUGAACGACGUCGCCUUCGACGUGUCGGCCGCCGGCGGCUUCGACAGCGACAGCCCGGCGGGGAAGUACGUCCUGGACAUCGACGACCCGGGCGACUGGAUGGUCGCGCGGGCGCUGGUGUGGAUCGCGACGACGCGGCCCGGCGCGCGGUUUAAGCGCAUCGCCGAGGUCGCGGACGUGCCCCCGGAGGGCGAGGUCAGCGACCUCGACAAGUCGCCGGAGCAGAUCCGCGCCGAGACCGUGGACCGGCUCGUCGUGUCCGCGGCCAAGGCCCAGGGCGCGAUCGCGCCGCCGAAGGAGGCGAAGCCGAACCGGCGCCAGGUGACCCUCGUGCGGCGCUUCGACGACAACGCGGGCAAGGGCGCGGGCACCGUGGGCUGGAAGCCGCCGAAGAAGGCGCGGAAGCGGCGGCCGAAGAUGGACGAGGCGACGGCGAACCGCCUGCAGAAGCGGCUCAGGGACGCGAUCGGCACGAUCUCCAUCAAGGCGCUCUUCAAGCGCUACGACCAGGACAUGAACGGCAUCGACGCCGACGAGUUCAUCAAGAUGACGCGGCGGGACCUGCGCCUGCCGAAGGACGGCGCCCAGGGCGUCACCGACGACGAGAUCGACUGGCUCGUCACGGCGCUCGACAGGGCAGCAAAAGGGUGCGAAAUUCCCAACUUCAAAGGCUCCUAUCUCGGCCGUUUUCCGCUCGCGCUCGACACGGACCAGGGCGGCACGGUCGUCGCGAACCCGUUCGCGCCCGAGUGGAAGGCCGCGAAGAUGCUCCAGCGGCGGCUCCGCACGAUCCGCAUGCACCGCGAGGCCCAGCAGCGCGCGGCGAUCCUCGCGACGAACUCGGACGUCGCGUCCUUCGCGCGGAACGUCGACGGAUGCGGCGACGGACCGAAGACGCGCGGCCGGCCGCGCUUCGGCAUGCGGGCCCACGCGGCCAACGAGACGGGCAGCCAGCAGCGCCUGCGCAUCCUGAAGCGGUGCCUCCUCGACGGCGACACGGGCGAGCCCUUCGAGCCGCGGCGCGGCGCGAAGCUCGAGCUCGAGUUCGAGCAGCACGCGCUCCCCGCGUCGGAGCUCGGCAUGCUCAACGCGACGGGGCUGCUGGCGGUGGCCCAGGUCCUCGUGCGCACGACCCUCGAGGACCGGCUGACGCUCCUGCGGCUGGCCUUCGCGGAGGUCUACGUCGUCGCGGCGCAAGCGCAGGACCUGCUGGACCGCGUCGGGAGCUCGCACCGGCCCUUCGACGGCAACGAGCUCGUCGAGGCGCUCUUCUGUCUCCUGCAGCGCGUCGUCGACACGCAGAGCGUGCACAACCUGAUGGAGCGCAAUCUGAGCCGGGACCAGGCCGUGCUCCUGCGGUCGAAAUUCGGCGGCGCGUACUGCGUCUUCACGGGCGCGUUGUGCGGCCACCACGACCUCGACCUCACGCGGCCGGUGGAAAGAGCGGCCCUGCACCGCCUCGUGACCUACGACGCGAUCCAGGCGGCGCAGCAGCGCGGCGCGUUCGGCGACGACGGCGGCGACGCGGGCGGCGAGGCGGUGGGCGUCUACGCGAACGAGGACACGACCGCGGCGCUCGCGCGCGGCGGCACGAGCCAGCACGGCGACUACCGGGGCUUCCGGAACGCGACGAUGAACCGCGUGCGCAUCAAGCACGACGCCAUCGAGCGGCUCGCCGUCGGCUUCGGCUCGAUGGGCGCGCACGACCCGAACCCCGUCGCGGGCAAGCGGACGCUGAGCUUCGACUACGUUGCGAAUUUAAAGCCGCCGACGACGGCGGCGCCGGCGGGCGAGGCGCGCGUCGACACGCUGCUCCACAGCUGCGGCCUCAAGUUCGACGCGACGGAGGUCACGAAGAGCGCGAAGCUCACGCGGCUCAUGCCGACGUUCAUGUUCCAGCAGGUGCUGCGCAAGAAGACCGUGCGGCCCAAGGAGUUACGGGUCGUCGGCUACAAGAGCGCGAGCCAGUCGUCGGAGUCCGCGGCGGAGGCCGCGGCCGCGCACAAGCGCGAGAAGUUCAAGCGGCUCAAGCUCAAGGGCGUCUGCGACCGGUCCGCGCACCACGGCAAGCCCUGGGACGUCGCCGACUGGCUCGAGGCGCGCUACGCGACGCCCCGGGUCACCUGGCACCGCGCGGACCUCGAGAGCCUCGCGGCGUCGCUCGACGUCGGCGAGGCCGCGAUGCGGUGCGACGUCGAGGAGGGGCGGCUGCUGCCCGCGGCGGCGGGCGGCCGGGGCGGCGCGGGCCCGGGCGAGUCCCUGCCGUCCGUGAAGAUCGUGCGCUCCGUCUUCGAGGUCCGCGCGCGCGUCUGCCACCCGGGCGAGCUCUCGGCGCUCACGUGGCGCCACGCGGCGCCGACGCCCGGGGACGUCGCGAAGCGCGAGUCCGUCAAGCACAGCGACCUGUUGCCGGCGAAGUUCGACUCGAACCGGUCCCAGCGGAGCCAGCCCCGGAAGCUGAAGCGGCGCACGUCCAUGGACGACCUGAGCUUCAUCUCCAAGGUCCAGGCGGCGAUCCGCGCGCGCGCGGCGCGCGCGGCGAGCAAGGUCGCCCACGGCGCGCCGCCGGUCAUCGAGACCUUCAUCUCGCGGCGCCUGCCCGUGGACCAGGACGGCCGGCUCCAGUCGAACCCCGCGCGCGCGGCGAUCCUCGGCGUCGUCGAGGCGUGCCGCGACCGGCUGGGCGUCCGCGUGGGCCACGAGGACGUGCGCCUCACGCUGCGCUGCAAGAACGGCGAGAACGCGUCGUCGCUGCCGCCCAAGUUCCUCGACGGCGUCGACACGGCCGCGACGGUCUUCUACUACGACGUCUACGUCCGGGGCCUGCCCGAGCGGCCGUUCCUCCCCUGCCGCGGGGACAGCGGCUUCGUCCACGGCGCCUGGGUGCCCUACGAGGAGUGCGAGGAGCCGCCGUCGCCCGAGGAGCUCGACUUCUCCAAGGUCGUGCUCCAGUGCCGCCUCGCGACGACGUCGGACCUCUUCCUCUGCCGCCAGAUCCGGCACAUCGUCGAGCGCUUCGAGCACCACAAGGAGAAGCUCGAGAUCCAGAAGAAGUGGCGCGAGCGCAAGGCCGCCAUGGAGAAGGAGUCCAAGGCCCUCAUGAAACGGCGCGCGUCGCUCGAUCGCCUCGCGUCGUUCGGCCGGUCCGGCGGCCGCGACCUGAGCCCCGCGAUGAUCCAGCGGUCGCUGGCGCCGCCGCCGGCGCGGACGGAGGUGGGGCCCGCGGCGCCGGCGGACGGCGCCAAGCCCGCGCGGCCCCGGUCGGCGACGAAGCGGUCCAACCCGCCCGACGGCGCCGCGGCCGCCGUCGACGCCGUCGCGGCGGGCGACGCCGCGUCCGCGGAGGAGCCCGAGGAGCCGCCGCCGCCGCCCGUGUUCCGGCCGCUGGCGGACCUCGUCGUCCACCUCUUUUCGAGGUGCCUCGACCCGGAGAACUUCUACUGGGCCGUGCUCGACCCGACGUUCCCGAUCCCGCAGAACCGGAACGAGGUCAUCCACCGCCUCGGCUGGCUCAACGUGCUCGACGUGCGCAACCCGGAGAUCGCGGGCUACGACAUCGACCUGCGCUACCCGGACCACUGGAAGGUCGCGCACGUGCUCACGCAGCUCGCGGCCGUCGAGCCGGGCCUCAACUUCAAGCACCCGACGUUCCGCCGGCUCCACGGCCUCGACCCCAUCCCGGGCUGGGACCUCCCGGCGAACUGGGACGUCGUACGCUACACGGGCAACCUCGCCAAGGGCAUCCCCACGGACGGCGCGCUCACGCUCGACUACGAGUGCGACGCGGACGACCUCGAGCUCCGCCGCGACCUCGGCGACGCGUUCACGCUCGCGCGCGUCCAGCGGCCCCAGCGGAGCGCCAUCGAGGCCGCGACGCUGCUGGACGAGGACCACUAUAAGGUGGGCGCCUUCGCGGCCAUGCUCAAGAAAAGGCAUGACCGGGAGCAGAAGGAGGAGGCCGAAGCGCGCGAGAAGGCGUCGAAGCCGCUGCCGGCGCCCAAGCCGCGUGGCCCCGCCCCCAAGGACCUCAAGCAGCGCCCCAAGACCUGGGACCCGCUCGGCGGCGCCGUCGACACCACCAACACGUCGCACCCCAUGGGCCAGUACCGCGGCGCGUGGAUCGGCGUCGAGGAGAGCGACCCGGACGCGGAGCCGCUACCCGCUCAGCGGCGUCCCACCGGGCGUCCGCCGGCGGGCUACCGGUGGGACCCGUGCGCCGGCCCCGUCGUGCCCUGCCAGGGCCACGCCGCCGGCGUCUACCAGGGCAAGUACGUCAACGACGACGACACGCACUCGUCGUCCGACGAGGAGCAGGACGCGCAGGAGGUCGAGAUGGUCGGCAGCCGAUCUCGAGCGACGAUGUCGGCCCCGGCCGUGAAGCAGCGGGGUCCUUAUGUUUAUGCACCCGGGCGUCACCCGAGCGUGAUCAUGAAGCAGCUGCACGCGGCUUUCAGGGAGAAGCUCGUGGAGGACGCGCGCGCGGCCGGGUUCGAGUUCGGGAACUGCGAGACGUGCAACGACCCAGUGAUCGUGGGCUGGAAUUCGACCUUGUCGUACAAGAUGCUAACGAAAAGGUUCAAAGGGCAAAAACUCGUGUCGCGUCUCGGCGGGCGGCUCUGCAGGAUCUGCUACUCGCGGGCCCGCGCCGCGGGAGACCUGCCGGAAAUGAAGAACUCGAAGCGGAUGCAGAUACUCGCGACGGAAGUUCGGGAGAAGCUGUUCGCGGCGGAAAGCUCGGACGACGAGGAGCAGCCCGAGGACCAGGACCGGCUCCAGCCCAUCACGAUGAAGACGCGCAGCAUGCCCGUGGGCUCCUCCCUGCCCAGUGUCGAGCAGAGCAUCGCGAAGGAGCGGAAGCGGAAACGCCGCGAGCGGGCCGCGGUGCAGUUGACGCGGGUGCUCAAGUCCACGGGCGCGGUGGCGGACGCGGCGGAGGAGUUCAAGGCCCAGAAGAUGAAGGACUGCCUCGAAGGCGACUCGGGUGAGAAGGUCGACGAUGACAAGGUCGACGAAUACGUCGCGGAGCAGCACGCCGUCCAGGAAAUGUUGAAGGAGAACACCGAAACUCAGCGCCAAGCGGAGCUCCACUACCAGCAGAAGGCGAAAACCAAGUCCGCCGCGAACAAGCGCGACGGCGAGACGCCCGCCGACGGCGAUACGGACGCGCCGACGAACGGCGCCACGGGCGCGCCCGCGGCCGCGAGCCCGCCGAAGAAGAAGCGCGGGCGCGGGCCGCCCGAGACGCCGUCCGAGGGCGGCGAGAGCGGCGUCGCGGGCCGCGUCGGCGCGCGGAAGAACCGCGGCACCCGCGCGCCCUCCGAGUUCCGCGAGGAGCCAUCGACCUUCCUCGCGCAGUCCUCCGCGCGCUUCGGCGACCAGCGCGGCGUGACCUUCGCCAAACCCAAGGAGAAGCGCCACUACACGUACCGCGACGACAACACUAUCGAGUCGCUCACCGUCACCACCCAGGACUCGCUCACGACCGGAGUGACCACGGUCGCGCAGGCCGAAAAGAUCGAGCAGCUCCAGGCGGAGCUCGCGGCCGCCCGCGCGAACGCGUCGAGCAGCGAGUCCGAGGGCGAGGAGGCCGAGCCGCGCGCGCCGCCGGCGCCGGCUCAGGCGCCGGCUCAGGCGCCGGCACCGGCGCCGGCGCCCGCCGCGGCGCCGCGGCGCGUCUGGAAGGGCAAGGGCGCCUUCGCGCCGCGGCGGCGGUCGACGCCGGCCGCGGCGCGGCGCUACACCGUCGGCGAGGCCGCGCGGCGCCACGGCGAGGGCUGCGUCAAGGGGUCGCGGCUCUCGCUCGUCGGCGAGCUCAUCAGCGAGAUCGCGGACGUGCCGGCCUUCGCCGCGGGCUGCGCGACGGUCUUCCUGAGCAACAACGCGCUCACGUCGCUCCGGGGCAUCUCGCAGUUCCGAGACGUCGUCGCUUUAUCAGCGACGAACAACUGCGUCGCGCACCUGGAGGAGCUCGCGCACCUGGGCGCCUUGAAGAAGCUCGAGACGCUGGCCCUCGACGGCAACGCCGUCUCCUGGCUGCCGGGCUACCGCUGCCGCGCGAUCUGCGCCGCGGGCGACGAGCUCAAGCGGCUCGACGGCCGCGACGUGUCGCCCGCGGAGCGCGCGGCGGCGCGGCCGGGCGACCGGAAGAACGGCGCCAUCUGGGACGACUUGGUGCGCCGCGCGCUCUGGGCCCGGGCCAUCGGCAUCUACGCGAAGCUGCGCGUGUGCCACCGGGAGCUGCGGCGCGUCUUCGCGUCCGCGUUCUCGGCGCCGCACGCGGAGCCGCGGCCGCCCGCGGCGACGCCGCGCGAGCUCCUCAAGCGCUGGCGCCUCGACGGGGCCUGCGCCCACGAGGCGCCCCACGUGCGGCGGCGCGUCGAGGACGCCGCGCGCGAGGCCGCCUUCGCCAUGAAGCGCGGCGGGAAGCAGCGGCCCGCGGGCGACGACGUCUUCGCGCGCGUGCUCGACGGCAUCAACCGCCAGUACAUGAGCGCGCUGGAGGCCUGCGAGCACAACGACGGCGCCGAGCACCGGGACCGGAGCCGGCUGCCCGUGCGGGCUUUGUGCGACGCCGCGCGGACGGAGAUGGCCGCCGCGGGCUUCUCGGCCGACGGCCGGCCGCGGGGCCUCGUCGACGACCGCGCGGCGCCCUUCGACGACGACGACGACGACGACGACGACGGCGGGCCGCCGCCGGCCCAGGACCACGAGUCCGUCGUGUCCAGCCUGCCGUCGGCGAGCCUGCCGUCGGCGUCGCUGCCGCCGCAGCAGGCGGACCCGGACGAGCAGUCGGACGUCGACGACGCGUACUUCGUCGAGGCCGACGAGGCGCCGCACGCGGCGCCGCCCGCGCCCGCGCCGGCGCCGGAGCGCCGCCGGUCCGCCGCGCGGGAGCCGCCGCGGCCGCCGCCGGAGCGGCGCCGGCCGUCGGCCGCCGCGGCGCCGCCGCCGCGGCCGCCGCGGCCGGAGCCCCCGCGGCCCCGGGCGUCGUCCGCGGCGCUCCACGUCUUCCCCCGGGCCGCGCCGGCGCCGGCGCCGGCCGCGCCCCCCCCGGCGCCCGCGCGCCGCGGGUCCGCGGCGACGGCGGCGUCCGGGUCCGCGGCGACGGCCCAGGUCGCGCCCGCCGCGGCGCCGCCGGCGCCCGGCUCCGCGGCCGGCGCGUCGACCGCGGGCUCGAGCCGGCGGCGGUCGACGGUGCUCCUCGCGCGCGCGGCGGAGACGGACCGCCUCGAGCAGGUCGCGAAGCACGUCGACGACUUCGUCGGCGGCGACGCGGGGCUCGAUUCGGCGUCGUACGCGCUCCUGGAGGACGACGCGACGCCGGACGCGCACGACGGCAGUCUGCAGUCGCUCAAGACCUACGCGCGCGCGCAGAAGCGGCGCCUCAAGGCGCUGGAGACCGCCGUCGCGAGCGAGCGGCGCCGGUCCCUGGCCGCGCGGCAGCUGGAGCUGGGCGUGGCCGAGGCGGCGCGCGCCGAGGCGCCCGACGACGCGACCGUCGCGACGUCCGUGGUCGAGGACGCCGAGGAGGAGCUCGAGCGCCUGCGGGCCGUCUUGGCGGCGGCGGUGCAGCGCAGCGGCAAGCUGCGGGAUCUCAUGGCGCGGCGCGACGCGGCCGUCGAGGCCGCGGGCAAAGCGGAGGCCGCCGCGGACGCCGCGGCCGCGGACCUGGCGGACGCGAACGCCGGGCUGGACCGGCGCCGGGACGCGCUCGAGGACGCCGAGGCGUCGCUGGCCGCCGCCGCCGACGACGCCAAGGCCGCGGCGCGCGACCGCGCGGCCGCGCUGCUCGACGCGGGCGGCUACGACUCGGCGAGCGGCGGCUCGAGCGGCGACUCGAGCGGCGACUCGAGCGACGACGGCCGCGCGGCGCGCCGCGCGGCCGCGGGCGCCGACGUCGCCGCGUUGAUCGCGAAGCACGCCGCGGCGGCCGGCGGCGACGGGCUGCCCCGGUUGGCCGCCGCCAGGGCGCCCCUGCUCCUGCGGCGGACGCUCCGGCGGCUCCGGGCCGCGCGGCGCGUCGCGGGCGACGACGACGACGUCGCGCUGCCGAGCACGCUCCGGCGCCGGGCGCGGAGCGGCCUCGCCGCGCUGCGGAGCGCCGUCGCGGCCCGGAAGAUCGUGGCGUUGUCCGCGGACUUCGCGGCGCGCGCGGCGGUCGCGCGCUGCGUCGACGCGCUCCGGUCCGCGUCCGCGCGCGGGCCCGCGGCGCGGCGCCGCGCGGACCCGCCCGCCUCCCGCGCCAAGGCCCGCGCCGCGCUGGCGCGCUGGCGGGCGAGCGCGGUUGAAACGCGGCGGCUCCGGGAAAACGCGCUGACGAUCGCGACGCCGCGGCGGUUGAGGGCCGCGACGGCGCGCUGGCGCGGCUGGGCGUCCGGCGCGCGGCAGCGCCGCGAGCGCGUCGCCGCGGCCUGGCUGCUGCGGCGCGUGCUCCGGGACUGGCGCCGCGUCCUGGCCUGCGCCGUGGGCCGGCGGCGCGCCGCGGCGCGCGGCGUCGCGCCCGUCGCCGACGCGCUGAAACGGCGGUGGCGGUUCUUCGCGUGGCGGCGCGCGGCGGCCGCGGCGCGCGUCGCGCGGCUCGUCCGCGGGCCCGGGGCCGAGCGGCGGUCGCGGGCCAUCGCGCUGGCUCUGUGGCGCGAGCGCGCGGACGACGUCGGCCGCUUUAGGGUCGCCGCGGCCAAGGCUUUGGAGCGCUACCUCGGGGCGCUCGCGCGGCGGGGCUUCGAGGGCUGGCGCGCGGCGGCGACGCGGCGGAAGGCGCUCCGGGGCCUGCGGCGCAUCGCGCGGCGGGCCGCCGCGGGCCGGUCGCGCAUCGAGCGCGACCGGCGCGCGGCGCGGGAGACGGCGGAGCGCGGCCGGCGCGCCGCCGUCGUCGCGUGGGCGGCCGCGCGCGAGACGCGCGCGCGGCGCGCGUUGCUGGCGCGCGUCGCCGCCGCCUGGCACGGCGAGCGCGCCGCGGCGGCCUGCCGGCGGCGCGCCCUGCUCCGGUGCGCCACCGCGGCGACGCCGCGCGCGCGGCUGAGCCGGCGCCUGGACGCGGCCGACUCGACGUGCCGCGCCGCGGCGCUCGAGCGCUGGUUCCUCAACGCGAUGCUGCGGCCGGCCAAGGCCGCGCGCGAGGCCGCGGCCGUGCAACGGGCGACGGCGGAGGCCGCGGUCGUCGCCGCGGAGGACCGGCUCUUCAAAAGGCUCAAGCGCGCGGCCGCCGCGGCCGCCGCCGUCGCCGCGACGACGCGGCGCUGCGAGCGCGCGGCGGCCGAGGUCGCCCGGGAGGCCGACGCGGCGAAGGUGGCCAAGGCGGCGGCGCAGGACGAGGCCGCGCGGGCCGACGCGGCCGACGCGGCGCUCGCGAAGGCGCGAAGGCGCUGCGAUCACGCGGCGACGGACGUCAAGGCGGAGGCGCGCGCGCUCGCGGUCGCGUCCAAGGCCCUGGACCAGCUCGCCGCGGGCCUGGGCACGGACGGCGGCGUCGGGGCGCUGGCGGUGCGCGUGGAGAAGCGGGGGCGGAGGCCGCCGCGCGCGAAGAAGCCCGCGAAGGGCGACCCCGCUCGCACGUUCCGCGCGCUCGCGGACUGCGAGAAGCGCCUCGGCUGGCUGCGCACGGCCAAGGCGGAGCUCGGCCGCGCGCGGGGGGACCGCGACCUCGCGACGGACCACGCGAAGACGGCCAAGGCGACGUUCGCGUCCGAGGCGGACGCGAAGCUCGCCGCCGCCGUCGCGCUCGCGAGGGACCUCCGGCGGGCCAUCGCGGAGAGCGAGGGCCAGGCCGCGGCCCACGAGCGGGGGAAGCUGCGCGUCCUCGGCGACCUCGAGGCGCUCAAGCGCGACCUCGACGCCGUCGUCGCGGAGACGCGCGAGACGCGCGACGACCGCAAGGCGCGGCUCGACAAGGUCGCGCGGCGCAACGCCGCGCUCGAGCGCGAGCGCCAGCAGGAGGCGUCGGCGCUCCAGAACCUGCGGCCGGCCGAGGACGGGUUGGACGGCCUGCCCUGGGCCGGGCCCUAAAAAAGUUUCAUCGGAG